AUGUUUGAGUUAAAUCAAAAUGAAUAAAGGUCAUAUCAAGAGAAAUAUGAUAAGUUAAUGAAAGCUAAUGUGACUCUGGAUUUUAAACAAACCAAAAAAAUAUUGAUUGGGCAAUUUUCAGUCACGGAUGCUCAGGCAGAUUCUAUUUUAAAAAAAGUAUUCUCUAGUUAGAGUUCUGAUGAACUGAAUAGGGAAGGAUUCUUUACUGCUCUGAGAUAUGUUUAAUGCUUGCAAAAUAAAGUGGACAUAGAAACUUGUAAUAUCAAUACAAUUAAAUUGCAAUUUCCUCUUAGAGUCAACAGUAAAUCAAGUUUGAAGAAGUCAUUCUAACCUCCUUCGCAUGAAGAUAUAUUGGAGAAGUCAAUGAUCGCUCUGUAGAAUCUUUAGAAUUUAGUAAAGGUUCCAUCGACUUAAGAAAAGUAAAAAAGCUAAAUUCAUACAGAAUCAAGGGAUAAUCAAAAAACUUAACAAACACAAAAAUAAUAAGAAAAUGUUGAUAUGGAGAAAAAUUAGAUUAAUUUAGGUGAAAUUCACAAUUUUCAAUAGCAGAUAAAUUAACCAAAGGCAGAAAACAAUACACAUCAAACUUUUAGUUGUGAGCAAUAAAUAAUUAGGACCAAUUUAGAAAGCCAAGCUCAAAUGAUGAAGAGUGAAUAACACUUAAUUACUGAGUUUGGUGUCAUUGACAUAGGUUAAAAUAAAAAUAAAAGUUAAUAACAAUAGUCUUUGGAGGACCCUGUUAAGCCCAAUGAAAUUCCUUAAGAUACCAAUUAGACUUAGAUGUAAGCAGCAAAUAUAGAACCCAAAGAUAUUAAGGAAAAUUUGCCUGACGUAAUUGAAAUUAGUGAAGAUGAAGAAGAAGCAUUUUCGAAGCAGGAUAAGUCAAAAGAUAUCUAUGUAUGGAUUUCAAGUUAUUAAUCAUUUAAAGAUGGACCCUUCACUUAAACUUAUUAUUCAUAUAAGGUUUGUUCUGAAAUACGUACUGACCCAUUGAAUGGUUCAUAUACUAAGUUUUAAGUCUGGAGAAGAUAUACAGAUUUUCAGAUGCUGUAAUAAUAUUUUACAAAGUCUAAAUUGGGAGAUAUAAUACCUAGCUUGCCAGAAAAGGAAGGAGUGCUUGCCAGUCUAAUGAACAUGGUAGUAGAAAACCCUGAGUUUAUUUCUUCGAGGUAAGAGCAAUUACAAUUGUUCUUGUAAUAUCUAACAAAGUAUAAAGAAGAUUAGAUAUUACUGUAAUUUUUAAGCAAUGAGAAGAAAUUUGAUUCAAUCUUGAAGGAACUCAGGAUCAUCAAGGGAGACAAUUAUGAUGAAGACACGUUUUUACCUGAUCCUGAUGAAUUCACAAGGAAAUAAAAAUGGAAGGAACUUAUUGCUGGAAAAUAAUUAAUUGAGUUAUUUGAUUAUUUCAAGGGGAAAAAAGAAAUUGAAGCAAAAUUCCAGGAAGAAUAUCAUUAAGUUUAACAGCAAUAUAAAAUUUUGGAGAAUAAAAAGUUAGAGCUAAGCAAAUUCAAAUAGUGUUUAAAUUAAUUUUAUGAACCAAUUGAUAGAUUUUCUUCUAGUAGUUAGUUGUAAUAAACAUAAAUUGUAUCUGAAGAUAAUAUUCGAUAGGUCUAAGAGACUUAGAAAUUAUUUUAAGCUAAUUGUAUGUAUUGUAUUAUCUACUUUUAGAUACUAAACAUUAAAAUCUUAUAAUGAACUAAGUUACACAGAUUGAGUUUUAGUUAAACAGUUUGACUUAUAGUUAUGAGCAAAUAUAGAAACAAAUCUACAAAUGGUUUGACGAAAAGAAAAGAUUAAGAGAGGAAAAAAACUCAAAUAAGUAUUCAUUGUCAAUAUCUAUUUAUAGAUAAGAGAUACAAAAGAAUGAUCUUGAGGAAGGGAGAUUAUAGUUUGUGAUAUCUAAAACUAAUGAAACUUUGAUAAAAUUGGUGAAAUAAAUUACUGAGGAUUUGAAAGAGUUAUUAAAAGAUUUUGUGGAGGAAUUGACCCAGAUUUGA